AAAAGCAACAAAUUGUCAAACGUUUUGGUGUUCACAAAGUCCAAUGAGGCGUCUAUCCGGUUGUCCAAAUUGCUCUCACUCGUGUUUGAUGGGUUUGGGGUUUCGAUGGUGGUGGAGUAUCUCAAUUCCACCAAUAAUUCCACCAUGGCCAGAAAGAAGCUCUUAAUGGCCUUUGAUCUGGGUCAAGUGAAUGUGUUGGUGGUUACGGACUUGAUUGCAAGAGGGAUCGAUGUUUUGAGUAUCACUGAUGUGGUAAACUACGAUAUGCCCAAUUCUUCAAGAGAGUAUGUACAUCGGGUAGGAAGAACUGCGAGAGCCAACAAUGAUGGAAGAGCUUAUAAUUUUGUUUUUGGAAAGGGAGAGAUGAGGUGGAUGAGCCGAUUGUUGAGAGAUGUGAGUCGAAGCCGAGAGGUUGAAAUGGUUGAGGAGAUGUUUUUGGAUGAGGGUGAUGAGGAGGUGUAUAGGAAGUGUUUGGGAGAGUUGCAAAACAUUGUUGAGAGAUGACAGUAAGAAAAUCCUACAGGUGAGACUGCUGCUAGAUUGUGGAUAGUUAAUAGAUAAGCAUAGUUAAGCAUUACAAAGCAUAUUAUGGCCUGGUAGAUUGUGUCUAGAUUGCUGCAAACGCGCAUAAAAAAGUCAUCACCAUGAGUGAACUCGAAUCCCUAGGAGUACAGAUCGUGGACCAGGAUGACCUUGAGACGUCCAUCACCAAGAAGGCCAACGAGGUACUUCUUGCCAAAGACAAGCAGUUGGAGCAAAAACGGUUGGAAAAAACCAUGGCAGAUGCCGAAAAAGUCCACAAAAAGAUCGGUAUACUCGAACGAAGACUUGCGGACCCCCGUACAAAAAUCUCCCACCGCAAGCAGAUCCGCCAGGAAAUUGACUGGUUCACCUUGAAUGAACUAGUACCAUUACAGGAAGACUUGAAGGAGAUCGAAGGACGGUUGGCCGAAAGCUCCAAGCAGCUUGAAGAAAUGGAGACCAACAUCACCAAACCAUUGGAUAAUGACCGGCUACCGGACGAAACGGAGCGGGACUACUUGGUGAGGAUUGGGAAGAUCACGGCGUUCGGGAACCAGACGGCGUUUGAGGAAGAUGGUGGGGAGAGAAGUCAUGUUCAUUUGCGGCAGCCGGGAGUUGGUCCAGCAGAUCUCAUCGACGACACGGACUUCACUUACAAAGACGAGGAAAUAGAAGCCAUCGAAGAAGACGAAAUCCACCCCACGGCUGAAAUGGAGGAAAAAAACAUUGACGACGGAGACGAGAGAAUCUACAAGCGUCGGUACGCCGCGUGGGUCGCCCGACGGCUGGCGAUGAGGGCGGCGGCGGGUGUAGAGUCCGAGCUGGACUCACCCGAAUGGACCAAACCGCACCCCACCAUCCCAGACUCCAAACUAGACGACCGGUUCAAGCUCCCCGGUGACAUUCACCCGUCGCUUUUUGACUAUCAGAAAACAUGUGUACAGUGGCUAUGGGAGCUUUACAACCAGAAGACUGGGGGAAUCAUUGGAGACGAGAUGGGUCUUGGAAAGACCAUUCAGGUAAUUAGUUUUAUUGCCGGACUCCACUACUCAGGGCUUCUUGAAAAACCGGUGUUAAUAGUGGUGCCAGCAACCGUAUUGAACCAGUGGGUCAACGAGUUUCACAAGUGGUGGCCCGCUCUACGGUGUGUGAUUCUUCAUAGCAUUGGGUCUGGUAUGGGCCAGAAAAUCGAUGAAAACAAGUUGGAGCAGUUUCUCCAGCAGGAAGAAGGCGCCACCGGCAAGGUAUUCAAGGGGGUCAGGACCCAGAUCAACGCCCAGCAAGUGGUCAACUCGGUGAUGGAGUCGGGACAUGUACUUAUCACCACCUACGUGGGUUUGCGCAUAUAUUCCAAACACCUUUUGACCAAAAGCUGGGGCUACUGCGUGUUGGACGAAGGCCACAAGAUCCGGAACCCAAACCUGGAGAUCUCCUUGCUCUGUAAACGGGUCAAGACCGCCAACAGAAUCAUUUUGAGUGGAACCCCCAUCCAGAAUAACCUCAUUGAGUUGUGGUCGUUGUUUGACUUUGUGUUUCCCGGCCGCUUGGGAACCCUCCCGGUGUUUGAACAGCAGUUUUCCCUCCCCAUCAACAUGGGAGGCUACGCCAACGCCUCGAAUCUCCAGGUUCAGACUAGCUACAAGUGUGCCACGAUUCUCCGGGACUUGAUCUCACCGUAUCUUCUUCGGCGACUCAAACACGAUGUGGCUCGGGACUUGCCCAAAAAGGAGGAAAUGGUGUUGUUUGUCAAGUUGACCCAUUACCAGCAGCAGAUGUAUGAAAGCUUUUUGGAAAGUGAAGACCUUCGUGCCAUCAUGAAGGGUAAGCGCAAUAUGCUUAUGGGGGUCGACGUGCUCCGGAAGAUUUGUAACCACCCAGACUUGGUCAAUGGCAACAAGCUGAGUGAAGACUAUGGUAACAGCAAGAGGAGUGGGAAGAUGGAGGUUACCCGUAAGUUGAUACAGCUUUGGGCACUUCACAACCACAAGAUGUUGAUCUUCUGUCAGACCCGGCAGAUGUUGGACAUUCUCGAACGGUUCUUGCACCGCAUCACCAAAAUUGAUGGAAACAACAUGGAGACGGGCGAGCCGUUUGAGUAUUUGCGAAUGGAUGGCACCACGCCCAUCGGAAAAAGACAGUACCUUGUCGACAGAUUCAACACCGAUCCGAAGAUAUCGGUGUUUCUCUUGACAACCAAGGUCGGUGGUCUAGGAAUUAACUUGACGGGGGCAGACCGAAUAAUCAUCUACGAUCCGGAUUGGAAUCCUUCCACCGACAUGCAAGCACGAGAGAGGGCGUGGAGGUUAGGCCAGAAGAGAGACAUUGUGAUUUACCGGCUUAUGAUCACGGGGUCUAUCGAAGAAAAAAUCUACCAUCGGCAGAUCUUCAAGACGUUUUUGACCAACAAGAUCUUGAAGGAUCCAAAGCAGCGACGGUUUUUCAAAAUGAAUGAUCUUCAUGACUUGUUUUCUCUCGGGGACCAAGAUGACAGCGAGCAAACGUCCAAUUCGAGUCGGCUGGUGAUUAAGAAACAGGCGAAAACUGACGACGAUUUCGUCAAGGUGGCCAAAAUUAUGGGCGUGAGCCGGUUGGACUCGUUUGAAGAGGGUGAACACAAAGACGACGAGGAGCAGAUCAUGGAAGGAAUCUUCCAAAAUCCCAAUGUUCACAGCCGAGUGCAGCAUGAUGAUGUUCUUGAUGACAAAAACAACGACGGGGUGGAAAAAGAAGUCAACAAGAUAGUGGACCAAAGCGUCAAGAUGCUCAACGAAUCUCGUAAAGCUACACGAAGAAACCGAGUAGGGGUACCAACCUGGACUGGCAAAUUUGGUACAGCUGGCAAGUCCAAGAGAGGCCCAGAAUCCCCAAGGGCUCCAAAGGCAUUAUCUUCCAGCACCAUUUUGGAAAACAUCAAAAAAAAGAAAAAGCCGGAUAUGGUCCUGGAGCGGCCAGACUUGCUUGCUGAAUUGGUGGAAGUGUUGGAGCGCAAUGGUCGUAUGAGCCUGAACAAGAUUCUUAUAGCUUUGAAGAAUAGGGUUGAUGUCAAGAAUACGCGAGACAUCUUACUAGUCAAGUCGAUGCUUCGAAAAAUCUGCCAUUGGAAUGCGGUAGACAAGGUGUGGGAACUUAUGGAUGAGUAUGUCAGUAAGCAAUAGUGAGAGUAUGGGAAUCUGAGAGUCUAGGACCUUACGUGGGGUACUUUUGGAGUAUGCAGCAUUCGGAUAUGCGUACCACAGGUGGCGGUACACAGUGUGCAUCUAAACAACAGCUGCGUUUGACGAAAACGGAAGAAGGUGUACCUGAUAAGCAGGUGGGAGGUGGGAGACAGCCUCAUAAGUGCAAACCUCGUCAGGAAGGGCCAACUACAUGUCAUCGGGCACAAUCCUUAUCACAUGCUUUGCAUCUACGAUGGCUAACAUGUACGCCUGCGUACGGCAGGAAACUAAUGAAUUUCAACAGUUGUAUUACGAAUUCGAACUCUCGUAGCUUGAAACCACUUGAUGCAAAAGCCUACCAAUGCCCGGAUAAAUAGGAGAAAUAGACAAAUCAGAUGUAAUUAUAAGAAAGAGUGCUCACCGAACCCUGCGCAGUAUUGAAUAGGGGUGCCGGGUAACACGCCAAAACAUCACGUCAUCCAUGCGUUUUAGGUGCUGAUUUUGAUUAGAAUGUUGACUAGUCGGGCUCACCCUGGCAACGCAAAAAUCCAUACUGCAGUUAAACGUGCCGUCCUGCGAAAGCCGCAAAUAUCUCGGGAUUUUGGGCUCAUCGGAGUUGGCGUGUUCUAAAUAUCCCAUAAUAUCGGAGAUAUAAUGUAAAAGCCCUCACACUAGUUGUUUACAAUAUUAUUGUUAUGUACCCAGGGUUUCUGUAUCUGGCCCCUAAAAGAAAAAAUACAAUUGGUUAUAGCGCUGAACAGCGCACCUCUACCAAAAUCGAGACAAACACAGA